CCAGGAACACAACGGACAUGUCGAAACAAGAGAGGAUGAUGCUGAAACAGAUGAAGCAACUAGAGUUCCAGAGAAAUCUUGAAAAACAGAAAAACUCCAGCCCUGAGAAUUUGGGUGCACCCAUAGCAACGUCCACACCAGCCUUCAACCCAUUGUUGACCUCUAGCCCACACCCUGAAGGUCAACAGGCAAGGUCUAACCCAUCCACACCACUGGCAGAUAUGCAGGUUGACGGGCUAGUGGCAGAAGAUAAUUUUGAAGAGACAUCAUUCUGGAGCCAGUCUUUAGAGCUCGAUGCAGAUCAAAUAGCAAACCCUCCAGUUCAGCAAACGACAUCAGUGGCCAGCAGACGACAUCCAGAAUCCACCAUUCCUACCUCCAACAAGGUAGCUUACCAGCAGCAGACGUCUUCAACAGGAAGUGGACCUCUACGAAGACCAGAUCCUUCAAAACCGUUUGCUAUUCCUAGGACAGUUUCAGAUUCAUCCAUAGCAGCAAAAAGGAGAAGAACUGAUGCGUCCUGACAUAUAGAUGUGUUAUGGAUUUUGCUAUGGACAGAAAUUGCUAUUUAAGAUUAAUAGUGGUGAUAUUUGUAGGAUGAUGGGAGUCACAUGCAUUUUAACCCAUUUAUGCCGAGUGGACUCUCCCAUCACUCUAAAUUGGAUCAAUUUAUUUCUAAAAUUAGGGAUGUCUAGUAUAUUUAUUUCUAUAUUUAGACUAUUUCUUACAGAAAUUCCUUUAAGCAAAAAAGCGCAGACCCAGAUGAGAGGCCGCAUCAUGCGGCGUCUCAUCUCGGUCUACGCUGUUUGCCAAGGCCUUUUUUCUAGACACUAGGCAUGAUGGAUUAAAUAUCAUAAAAGAAACAAGGGACUGCAGGAAGUUUUUGUUACUCAAGAAGUUGCUUAAAAAUGAAAUUUUCAAACUGUCAUUAAUAUUAUUACAUGUAGAACUUUUUGUCUGUUAUUAUGUUUUGUUCCAAAACUUAUUUUUUAAGUUUUAUACAGCUUUUUGAUAUUAAAACAAUAUAGGGUUCAUAUAUUAGAAGUUAUUUCGUUAAAUGGUAACAGAGAUCAGCCAGUUCCCAUAUUAUCAAAGCUUUCUUGGAACAACUUGUAUUAAUUCCUCGAUUUUUUUAAUUUAUAAAAUUCUUUAAGUCUCAGGCUUUUGAGUGUUUUUGCCAUUUUAUAUUUAAAAUUUCUUACAUGUAAAACAGGAAAUAUUGCAAAAAGAUUAAUAUUCUGUCAUUUUGUAAGCCAAAAACAAUAGAUUUUAACAAGAACUUUUAUCAAAAUGUUUGUCCCAAGUACAACUUAAAAGUAACCUUUUUCCAUGGUUAAAAGCAGGACCAAAUCUUGACUUUGAAUAAUCAAUGUGCUUUGUCAAACCUAAAAUUAUGGGCAAAAUGUUCUUAAAAACAAUUUUGAAAGUUAGCAAUAAUGUUCCAUAGCUAAAAUCUAUGAAACUUAAUUUUUUAAAUAUUGGAAAAGUGUUUGCUCUCAAUAUCUCGAAAACAAAUUUAGCAUAUAUAGUGAAAAUUGAUACAAAGAUCCUCAUAUCCUGGGAUAGGACAUUGGAUGGGUGUGCAUCUUGAUAGCUAAAAUAACUUAUCUUAUAUAAACAGUUACAGUUUUUUGUGUAAAAUGUACCACAAACUCUUACAAGAAUAAAACAACUUGCGCAUGCGAUCCCUUUAAAACUCUUGAGAUUUUAACUGAGUCUAAAUAUUGUAAGUUUAUUAAAUAACAUGGUAAUUGUACAUAACAUUUGAGUUAUAAUUUCAUAUGUAAACCAUUGAUGUAAAAGAUAAAGUUUUAAAUCAA